AUGACUAUUCAAGUUCGCUUCAUCGUUUACGGUAGGCUUAGAAACUAAAAUUUAGAAAAAAAACCGAAAAAUUUCAGUGUUGAGCACAUCAUGUAUUACACUUUUAUAUGCCCUCCGCCUUGCAUUUCACACCACUAUUCUGUGCCAGCUGCAUAAUCAGACUUCUGGUAAGUUUUUUGUGGUAGUCAACUACUAGAAUAAUUUUGAAGAAAAUUAGAAUAUGAGUUACGGUACUUUAGCCUCAAUCCUUUCUUCUACCAUUUUCAGAUCACUUUCUGAAAGAUGACGAAAAACGACAGUACACUUUUCAAUCUGUUGGAAUCGGGCUUGCUCUUGGUUUGAUUCCCCUACAUUUUCUAUCCUCUCUGGGAACAAAAAUAUGUGCAACGAUUUUUGGAAUUGUUGGGAUUUUGGCAGCGUUAGUUUAUCCGUUUGCUCACGAGAUGGGAUUUUGGCCGUCUUUUUGUGUUCGGGUUUUACAGGUUGGUUUUUUUUCGAAAGGGAAAUUCAAUACAUCCUAAUUUCAUUGUAUUUCAGGGCUUUCCCCUUGUCAUUCUUCUUUGGCUAAUCGCCAAAGUAAGCAAUGAAUGGGUUCCAAAAAACGAAGUAGCAAUGGCAAUUGCUUUUCUAACCUCCGUUUAUCAAACAGCUCCAUUCAUUGCUCAGAUUACAGCAGCAGAAAUGUGUCAAUUAUUCGGUUGGCAAUACACUUAUUACAUUUUAGCUGGCCUCUGCCUUUUAUCAUUUAUUGCAUUUUAUGUGAUAUAUAGUGAUGAUGUUAUGGAUAAUAAGUGAGUUUGAAAUGUUUGAUCUACAAAAAAUUACAAUCAUUUUGAAACCCCAUAUGCCUCGGUCUCAGCGGAAAUUUAACAGUGACCUAGAUUUAAAAAUAUUACGUCUACUAAAAAUUAUGAAAUCACAGUAGUGAUUUUGAAAAUGCUCCUUACAAUACAUAUUUUCAGAUUCGCCUCAUUGGAAGAAAAAGAAAUAAUAACAUUUGGCCGAAAAGAAAUCUCUCAAACAAAAGAAAUUUCAACCCCAUAUCUUCAAAUUUUCCAAGAUCCAACAGUUUGGAUAACUUGGUUUUGCAACAUUUCAUUUUUCUCUUCUCUUCUGAUUUUUCUACAGAAUAUGCAGAUUUAUAUGAAUACUGUGAUGGGUUAUAGUAUCAGAGAAACUGGGCAUUCUUUAGGUUUGCGAAUUUUUCGGGGCAGGUUUGGACCAUGAAUUUUUGAAAGUCCGAUUAAAAAAUAUGCCGACAAAAUCAAUUUAGGGUUCGCUCAUGUAUUAUGUCUAGUUGCAAAAGUGAUAUUUGGAAAAUUUAUGGAUUCGAGUAAAUUGGAGAUGACUGAAAGAUUGAAAAGAGGAUGGAUUAUUUUGGAAGCGCCGGCAGUUUUGAUUUUGUUGGGACUUGUAAUUUUUCCCGAUGCUAGAUUUCAAUUGAUUGCCAGUGUUGGAUUUAUAAUGAUUCAUGGAGUGGCGAUUGUUAUUAUUGUAAAAACACAAGCUUUCGUGAGUUUAAAAAAAAAUUCCUAAUUCUUCUCUCAAAAAAAAAAUAUUUCGAAGAUCUAAAAUUUUAUUCGAAAACUAUCCUAGCAAAAUAUCUCUCAGGAUUUUCCAAGUACAUGUUUGUUUUGCUACGUCAUAACUAAUUUUUCAAGCGUUCUUUGGAAAAAUUGAAUUUAAAAUUUUCAAUCAAAACCCUCUCGAAAAAACUGAAACUUUCAGCUAUGCCAGUUUCAUAACUCUAUAUUUUUCAGCGUUCCGCCGAACACAGUCAUAUUCUAGCAAAUGGCAAUACAUUCGGCGUUGUUCUUUGCAUUUUCCUUCAACCACUUCUAAUCAAGCACCUGAUCAAAAAUAAUACAUUUGACGAGGUUUGUAUGAUAACAUAACAUGUUGUUUUUUUCAACAAAAAAUUCAUAAUGAUGAGAAAAAAAUAGUUUAUGUGCACUUUGUGUGAGGUAUUUUGAAAAAAGAACUUGUUCAAAAAAUCAACUUUUCACGUCAGACUCUGACUGAAAAUUGUUUGCACACUCAACAAAACUCCGUGAUUUUUCCAAACAAAAAAAUUAAGUUAUCGUUUUUUAUGUGAUAAGAUAGCUUAUUUUUCCACAUACUCAACAUGUAGUCUAAUCAAUUUCUAUCUGACUGAAAAAAAUUUCAGAGUUCAAAAAUCUAUGUCUGCCUACGAUCAUAAAAAUAGCUAGCACAUGUCAGUCAAAAAAAAAGACCACCAGCUUCAAAAAGUAUACAAAAUAAUUAUUAUUUAGUGAGUCUGAUAAGAACUCUAGUCAAAGUGUAGUCUGCUCAAAAUGUGUUCGUGAAAAUUUCAUUUUUUUUUUUGAAAUACAAAAGGAAAACACAGCUUCGAAAAUAACAGUGCUCAAAAAAAAACGCUACGAGACCCCAGAAAAACGUAAUUUUCUGUAGAUCAAACAUAUUCCAAUAUUCCGGAGUACUGGGAUCUUUCAACAUAACAAUCUCUAAACUUUCACAGUAUGUUUUUCAGUGGUCCAAUAUCUUCCUAAUCCACGCUAUCCUAAUAAUCAUCUCAAUAAUCCUCUUCCUUUUCGUCAUCGACUCUCGUCCCGCAAAAUGGACUCAAAUCUCCCGAAUUCCCACAGCAGAUUCAGGUCGAAAUAACACCCAGGAACUCCCAUAG